CCCCCGCAGCCAUUCCCGCCGCCUCCCCGCUCUCGCGAGACCUCCUCCCGGAAGUAGCAGCCGCCGUACGGAAGCGGGGGCGGGCGGGCCGGUGCGAUCGUUGCUGUCAGGUCGCCAUGUCGCCGCGGCUGCUCCUGCUGCUCUUCGCGCUCUGCGCCGCCCACCGCGCCCAGGCUGCACAGAGCCCAGAUCAACCAAACAGCAGAGGCGUCAGGGACGCCAUGCAGAACACAGCGAGUACCGGGCAGGAAACCCCCACGGAGAAGCAGCUGAAUGAGUCUGCAACAAAUGGAGAGACACACUCGGGGGUGGAGCAAAAGGAUGAGGAAAGCCCCAAAGCAGGCACGAGUAACACGGCGGUGACAGAUACAGAGCAGAAGAGCACAAGUGUGUCUGGUGGCCCGGAGGCGCAGCCGGCCAGCCAGGGUAGUGCUGGCCAGGGCAGCAGCACCAGCACCAGCUCCCAAAACGAGAAUGGAGGUGCUGGUGCUGCCGGUAACCAGGGUGGCGGGCAGGGUGGUGGCGCCGGUAACGGGGGCAGCAACCCCAGUGGGCAGGGUGACAACCAGAACACAGGUGACAGCCACAGCCCAGACAACAGCCAGAGUUUGGACACCGGGCAGAACAGGGAUGACACGCAGAGCACAGGCACCAGUCAGAGCAGCAGUGGCCAAAACAACAACCAGAAUGGCGCCAGCCAGGGCAACGGCCAAGGCAGCAGCGGCACAAACCAGGGCAGUGACACCAACAACCAGGGCGGCAGCACCACGAACCAGAAGGAGAACGAAGGCAGUAAUGGCAAUAACCAGAGCAAGAAUGGUAACGGCGAUAGCCAGACCACGAAUGAGGGCGCUACCGACGGUAAACAGGAUGAGAACAAGGGCAGUGACAAGGAGAAACAGGACAAGAACCAGGGCGGUAACGGCAAUACCGAGGACAAGAAUGGAGGUGCUGCCAGCGAUAACGAGGAGAAGAACCAGGGUGGUAACAGCGAUAGCAAGGACGAGAAUGGAGGCACUACCGGCGAUAAUGAGGACAAGAACCAGCAUGGUAACAACAAUAACCAGGAGGAGAACCAAGACAGUCACACCGAUAACCACGACAAGAACCAGGAUGGUAACGCCGAUAACCAGGGCAGUGACACCGAGAACCAGGACAACCAGGGGAAUCAAGCAGACUCGGAGGGAAAUAAAAACACGUCACCACAAUCAGGUUCCUCCGCUGCCGAUGGCAACGGCUAUUCAGACAACACCGGAGGCUCCAAAGAGGAAGAGGAUGUGGGUGAGGACGGUGGCGAUGGCAGCGACGGUGCCUCCUUUACCGGAGAGCGGGAGAAGAGCGUCCCCUCCGUCCCCAGGGCCCCGGCCGAGAGCAGCCACUUCUUCGCCUACCUGGUGACCACGGCCAUCGUCGUCGCCGCCCUCUACGUCGCCUAUCACAACAAACGCAAGAUCAUCGCGUUUGCGCUGGAAGGGAAAAGGUCCAAAAGUGGCCGACGGCCCAAAUCUGGCGAUUACCAGAGACUGGAUCAAAAGAUCUAGAUUCCUCUUUGGAAAUGCAGCGGGAUCCCGGUGGCUGGCGAUGAAGACGCAGGAGCGCUGGGUCGCCCACCCAACAUUCGGGUUUCAGACACCGGGGGGCAAAGGGGAAAACGCUUUUGUUUUGCACCCGCACCUUGAUAACGUUCAACUCUCACUUCUCAAAACGCUUUUCUCCUUCCCCACCCGCUGAAGAUGAACUUUAUGUUCCACUCGGGCCUCCGUGACACGGGAAAAACGAAUCCCCAGCGCUCGGCGGGACUUUUGUGUCCGAAUGAAGUGAAUUCGCCAUCUGCUGUACUGACAACUCCUCUUGACGGGGGGAAAACCAAACACCCGCCUGCGAAAUGAGCCGCUUGACGUUCCCUCUUCCCCCCGUUGUAUUUGGAGGCGAAAGUUCAGAGCGCAACUGAUUGCACUAGUUUAAAAAUGCUCACCGAAGACCUUCUGAUUUAAUUUGAUUGGGUUUCUUUUUCUCUCUCCCUGUGCUGGCGACAACGCUCGAGUUCAACGUCUCGAUUCCUUUGCUGUGGACACGCUGGAGCUGCCCUUGGGUUGUAGCUUAAACCUUUCUCACCUGCCUCUUCUGCUCUGCGUGUGAUUUUUCGCUCCCAAACCCUCCGAAUUCCAAGGUUUGCACUAGAGGUGACGGUUCCGAUGCUGUGAAGGGCAGGGGAGGUUUGAUAAGCUUCAAAUCGCCACCGCAGACUUGACCUUGAAAAAUCGCCACCCUGCCCCUUGCGAAACGUCGUUUUGUGGGUGCGUGAGAUGUGCGGUGGCCCCGAAGCACUUGGGAUGAACAGAAAUUGCGGCUUUUCAAAUGCUUUCCUCAAAAAUCGUGUUGGGAACUGCUGGUCGAGCCCGAGCGGGCGCUGCCGGCGACACAGCCGCCGCCUUUUCCACCCACGAGUCCCCACGGGGCCGUUUCUACGCCUCCCCAGCAGGUGACAACACUAAGGGCUCGUUUUACCACCAACACAACCUCGUUCUGCUCCCCGCUGCGAUUUCGGGGAGUUUGUGGUUAAACGUCACACUUAACCAGAGCUGGGCCCUCCCGGUUGUAUUUACACCCGCAAAACACCUCAAUUCUCAAGUUACAACUGUGAGAUUGGUUUGAUUUUUGUCAUUCUACUCCAAAUAAGUUGAUUUGAGAUGGGGUGUUUCUCAAAUAACCACCCACCUGGGUUUUGUUGUUGUUUUUUUCCAAUACGGGCAGGACAAAGUUGUUCCGAGGCCUCCGGAGCUCUUGGCACAGGCACCGACUCAUGACAGGAAGAACCUUUGACAAGGACAAGGACACCAAAGCUCCAGCUGUGUUUGAUUUUUCCUAACACUUCAUUCCCCACAAAAGAGGAGAAAAGGAGCUUGAUGCUCCCCUAAACCAAAAAUAAAUACAAAUCCUUUAUCCUGUUAAAGCACAAAGAGCAGAAAAAAAUCUGCCUUUAAAUAGCGUUCGCUGUUUCCAUAGAUAAACUUUUCCCAUGCUAAAAUUACUCGCGGGAGCUAUUUUGGAGAACAGGAGGGGGAAAGAGAAAGGAAAACAAGUCGGGGAACAAAACCCUUGGGCUUAAUUGUGCCUUGUGGAAGGGAAACGAGACUCAGCGGGUUUGGGGAUCCCGCACUGAUUUACAGACGGGACGCGGGUGGUGGGUUUUAUUUAAUGCCAGUGCAGGGGAAAUAAAUUCCACCACAUGCUUCUGAGCCACACACCCCGGAAUUUUAGAGCGUACGCACUGUUUUCCUGCUUUGUCCUGUAUUUUUUUUUAAUUGAAAAAUAAUUUCUGAAGAUUUUUUAUUUCGCUUUUCUAUCCCGUGAUGUUUUUCAAAGGCUUUUCGGUCUCUAUCAUCCCCCGGCGCGUUGGGAAUCGGCUGCGAUGGCGCCGGAGCGAGUUCUCCAGAUGCAGAGCGGGACCCUCACGCCUCAGACAUCCUCAGGUUGUGCUUUGAGGAGAGAAAGAGCCAAACCCGGGGGGUUUCCCCCCAGAAAUCUCCUCCUACCCAGCAGCACAUUCCUGGCACCGCUCGCUGGAACUGCCCCAACUGGGUGAAACCUCCAGAGGUGACAUCACGUUGUUUGGUUGUUACGGGAUUUCGAUUCAUGUGACGCGUCUCGAAGGGGUCGGGGUGUGCGGAACCUUUUCCCUUUGGCCGCGGGAUGGGUUCCAGUGUCGGCACGUGGGUUUUGUUGCCAAACUUCUGUACUUUUAGACCAGCUGCCUCGCUGGUUUGAAUCAGCAAAUUGUUCUCUGCUGCAGUGCAAUGCGAACUUUGAAGGAUCAGAAUUUUUAUAUUACUUUGUUUUUCUUUUUUUUUUUCUGUGUGGUAAAGUCAAUAAAAGGGUUGAAAAAAGAAAUAAAGCAUUGAGUUUUCACUUC